AUGGAGAAAUUUUCCCAGUUCAGGGAUCGAGGCGAGUGGAAUUAUCCUAUCAUUCACUCCCAACUCCAGCUAACAAAGCUUCUAGGAUCGGGCAUUGCUCCUUUCCUACCUAUUCCAACGGAGUCUCUUGGGUUGCAGGCCCCUAUCCGCAUCUUCCUGUUCUGCUUCCGCCUGCCUUUAUUCCUUUUCUUAACAUUAGCCUACUUUUUGGUACUGCAAUGGCUUCCCCUAGGAGCUCUGGGCAAGAAAGCAGCUUUGUGGUGUAUCUUGGGUGUGCCUAGUAUCUGGUGGAUCGACCUUCAAGUUGAUGGCGUACGCAGAGGCUCCCUCUCUAAGCACCUGAAAGCUCGUCUCCCUCAGCCUGGCUCUGUGAUCGCAUCGUCAUUCACUUCUCCCAUCGACCCGGUGUACUUGGCUGCAAUUUUUGAUCCGGUUUUCACUGCUUCGUACCCAAACACUCGCAAAGUAGCCCGCAUUUCUCUGCUCCAGGCAAUUCUCCGCGCCUUCGCCCAACCAUCGACCCAGCCUACACCUGACACAAAGCUGGUAGAGCUGCACACGCUUGUUGCAAAAUACCCAAACCGGCCCAUCGUCGUCUUCCCAGAAUGCACGACAACGAACAGCCGUGGCAUCCUACCACUAAGCCCCUCGCUCCUAGAUGUUCCAACCAAGACAAAGAUCUUCCCCGUAUCCCUCCGCUACACCCCUGUCGACGUCGUGACCCCGCUCCCAGGUUGCUACAUCAGUUUCCUCUGGGCCCUGCUCAGCCGUCCGACACACUGUAUCCGAGUUCGAAUCGCCGAGUGCAUUGUCAACAAUGCCGGUGCCUUCGAUGCCCCUGCCUCUCUAUCCUCAGGCUCGUCCUAUAACACCAAUAUCAUUGAUAUGCUGGAUGGAGCCACCGAGGCGCAGAAGGCGCUUCUUGAUCAGGUUGGCGAGUCGCUUGCGAGACUGGGUCGCGUUAAACGGGUUGGCCUGGGUGUUAAGGAGAAGUUGGACUUCAUUCGCAUGUGGAGUAAGAACCGUCGGAUUUGGUGA